AUGGAAAAUUGUGCUACCACGAACUACGCUGGUCUGGGUUAUGGGGCCUCACGAUACGUUCGGAAACCAGAAUUUAUUCAAGCUCAAAGAAAUAUUUUAUCUAGCCUAGCUUCAUUAAAGAAAAAGAAAGAUAAAAAUGAAUUUAAGAAAGAAUGCUUACAAUUGAAUGAUUAUCUAAUUAAGUUAAAGGAUAAACCUCCAGAAUAUACGAAUCCUAAUCAGUGGGUCCCAGUACUUAGGAAUUAUUUUAAGAGUAAAUUUGAUGAGCUUACUGAACAUGGUGGUUGUCCCAUGAUUUUCGAGCAGAAUGAAAGAGAUCUUUUAGAAUUAAAAUAUGAUGCACUAGAUUUCUGUGAAACAAUUAAAGUAUAUGAACAAAAACUAAGUGCCUUCAAGGAAGGAGGUAAUAGAACAUAUAAUUGUAAUAGUAAUGCUGAUUGUUUAAAGCAUUGUACGGAAUAUAAGGAUUGGCUUACAAGUAAGAAGGGUCAUUUCCAGAAUACCAGAAAUCUCAUUAGUAAAAGUUGCAUAUUUAAACGUUCAUCAUCGCAUUUUCCAACAAAUCAAUGCAACAUACUGAAUACUAUAAUGUUAAAUAAAGUUCCUGAAUGCCUAUAUAUUAAACCAGAGACAACUAGUCAACCUACUUAUAAAGAAAACAAAUUGAACGAAGUAGAAGUAGAUCAAAAUAAAUCUGAAGAUGCGCGUAUAUCUCAAGAUCAAAGACUACAACAAAUGGAACAUCCAUCUGACGGCCCACCUCAUAGGCCAGCUGAAAGGCAACCGGAUAGUUCACAUGAAAGUUCAUCUUCAGAUCCAUCUCAACUUCUAACAAAACGUGAAGACAAGUCGAUGGCAAAUUCAGCUAAUUUAGGUGCAGAUACGCAACAUACAGAUCCUGACAUAACCCCAGCAUAUACACAUUUGGAAUCUGCAAAGGAAACAAUACAGACUUCUACAUUUCAACCUCCAUUUACUCAAGAAUUACAAAGAGAUAGUGAUUUAAAAGCUAUUCCUACUUCCUAUGGAGCAUUAAUUUCUGAAAUCCAUCCUUCUGCACCUGUAGAUCAUAAAAUUCAAGGUAAUAUUAAUUCUACUUUCUUUUCGAUUUUUUAUGCUUUAGUGGGGAAGAUCAAAAAAAAAAAAUAUGUAAGAAGAAGACAAGUUAAAUUUCUCAGAAUACUGCUACCUUCACAUUCUGUCAAAAAAGACAUAUUUUUAUCAGAUAAUCAUUUGGAUCAGCCAAUAUUUGAUGAUGAAGAAAUCAUAAAAAAAUUAAAAAUACAUGAACAUAACACUAUGAAAAAUACAAAUUUGUCCAAGAGAAAAAAGGACAGAUCCAAAACUAUUAUAGAAGUACAUAUGGAAGUACUCGAAGAAUUCCGAAAUGUAGAAUGGGAAUUAAACAAAGGAGAAUUUUUAGAAUUAUGUAUAGAAGUAUUCGCAAAUGAGGAAUAUAGAUCCUAUCCUAAUUUAAUAAAUUAUGAUCAAAUGGAAAAUAUUAAAUAUAGCACUGAUAUUGAGGAAAAAAAAAUUCUGUGGAAUAAAUGGAUAGAAAGACACAGAAAUCAUUCUGAAAAAUUGAAAAAAGAAGAUUGGUUUAAUAAUUUGAAAAAUGAAUGGAAAAAAGAAAAAUCUAAGGUAAAAAAAAUGGAAGAAUUAAAAAAUAAAUCUUCAAACGAAAAUCAAAAAGUUUCAUUUUUAGAAAAAGAAAAAGAUAUAUGGAGACAGUGGAUAUCAAGCAAGGUUAAAACUAUAGAACAGUACCUGGAACAGGACUGGUUUAAGGAAUUUACAGAUGAAUUUAAUAAUAUACCAGAUGAAUAUAAAAAUGAAGAAACUAAAAAUAGUGUAUCACUAAUAAAUAUAGAAGAACUGGAACACAACAAAAACUGCGAAGAAUUAUAUAAAUAUGUUAAAAAAAAAUUACUAGAAAAACUAUGUAUACUUGUAUUUAUGAUGAUAUUAGAGGAAUGCAUAAAAGAGGAGCGUAUAGAAAAUAAAGAGUCAUAUUUUGAUAAUUCCAUAAAUGAAUGUAAGUUAGAAGAAAAUUCAGAUAGAAAUAAACAAAUAAUAGAGCAUAUAAUAGAAACUAACUGCAAUAUUUUGGAAAGUAGAAGAAAUAAGAAAAUUCAUGAUAACAAACGUCAAGAAUGUUUUAGUGAGAACGUAGAAGACUGGAUAAAAGAAGAUGACUCGUUUUCAAAUUCUACUCUAAACAAAAAUGUUCUUGACAAAUCAAAUGAUAUUAGAGAAAAAUACUUUUUAUAA